ACACAUCCACAUCUGGGAGGAACUUUUAUAUGUUCUUGUAUCACAGGACAAAGUUGACUCUUGCUGGCAGAUUACUGACUCACCUGGGCUUUAAUUGCUCUUGAAACCACUCUUGGGCAGCCUGUCCCCCAAAGAAGUGUUUUUUAAAUACCAGCUUCCUCUUUGGAGGGUACAUCCUCAGCCAUUUGGGAUGUUGGAGAUCUCUUCAACCUGGUAUUCUAUAAUGCUAUGAAAUAACCUCAGGGAUCAUCUGGUCCAACCUUGUCAAAGCAUGACCUAGACUGGAUGUUCCAGCACCCUGUCCGGCCAAAUCGUAACAGUAACCAACCUUGGGGAAUCCACCACUUCCCUGGGGAGGUUAUUCCAGUGGCUGCUUGCUCUGUGGAAAAUUUCCCUCUUGUGUGCAUUUGGAAUCUCCCCAGGAGUAACUUAUACCCAUCACCCCGUAUCUUUUCAUGGGAUUCCUUGUAAAAAGAGAGUCUCCAUCUUUUCUGUAGAGCCACUUUAAAUACUGGAACAUGGUGAUAAGUUUUCCUCUAAGCCUUCUCUUUUCUAGGCUGAACAAACCCAGUUCUCUCAGCCAUUCCUCACAUGGCUGACCAGUCCUUGGAUCAUCUCUGUGGCUCUUCUCUGGACUCUUCAGCCUGCCCACCUCUUUGCAGAGUCGGGACCAGUAAUGAGCACAGCAUUCCAGGGGCAGCCUGGCAGGUGCCGAGUACAGCUUCGUGCCAGCAGCUCGUAAACGGGAAUGCCGUGGGUGGCAAACCCGCCUCUCUCAGACACUCCCUGCAGAUCCUCGGGGGUCUGGGCUCUGCAGGCCGGGUUUCCCCGCGGCAGCCGCUGCCUGCUCCGUGCCCGGCCAUGGCACCGUGGGCCCUGCACUGCACCUCCCAGCAGGCCCCGCUCCGCCAGCCCGUGACGCCAGCCUGUGCGCGGUCGCAGCGGAAAGGCGCUGUCCCGGGGCCGGCCGGAGCCAUGCGGCUGCCCGGUGAGGGGCCGCCGGCCAAGCGGCCCAAAGCGGUGUUGCCAGCCCAGCCGGCCGUGCAGCCCCGCGGGCCGCCGCCCGUCGAGCAGCAGCGCCGCAGCCUGCCCAUCUUCCCGGUGCGGGGCCGGCUGCUGGGCCACGUCCGCGGCCUCGACAGCGCCGUGGUUAUCGGAGAAACAGGCUCAGGGAAGACCACCCAGAUCCCUCAGUACCUCUACGAAGCAGGAAUUGGCCGCCAAGGCAUCAUCGCUGUGACCCAGCCUCGGCGAGUAGCAGCAAUAGCCUUAGCUACCAGGGUCUCAGAUGAGAAGAAGACAGAACUGGGAGGACUGGUUGGCUACAGCGUCCGUUUCGAUGACCUGACAUCUGAUGAAACCAGAAUCAAGUUUUUAACAGAUGGAAUGCUGCUUCGGGAAGCGAUUGGAGACCCCCUGCUGCGGAAGUACAGCGUUGUCAUUCUGGACGAAGCCCAUGAGAGGACGAUCCACACCGAUGUGCUCUUUGGAGUGGUGAAAGCUGCACAAAAGAAACGAAAGCAACUGGGCAAGCUGCCACUAAAAGUGAUCGUCAUGUCAGCAACGAUGGAUGUUGACCUGUUCUCUGAGUACUUCAAUGGAGCUCCUGUUCUCUAUUUAGAAGGCAGGCAGCAUCCCAUUCAGGUCUUUUACACCAAACAGCCUCAGAGUGAUUACCUGCAAGCAGCAUUGGUGACAGUCUUCCAAAUCCACCAGGAAGCACCCUCUUCUCAGGACAUCCUGGUGUUUCUGACCGGUCAGGAAGAAAUUGAAGCAAUGACCAAAACCUGCCGAGACAUUGCCAAGCAUCUCCCUGAUGGCUGCCCACAGAUGAUGGUGAUACCUCUUUAUGCUUCUCUGCCCUACUCUCAACAACAUCGCAUCUUUCGGGCUGCCCCCAAGGACGGUCGCAAAGUGAUCCUGUCCACCAACAUCGCAGAAACCUCCAUCACCAUUCCGGGAAUAAAAUAUGUUGUGGACACAGGCAUGGUCAAAGCAAAGAAGUACAGACCUGAAACUGGUCUGGAAGUGUUGGCAGUUCAGUGGGUGUCAAAGGCCCAGGCUUGGCAACGCACAGGGAGGGCAGGGAGAGAGGACAGUGGGAUCUGUUACCGGCUCUAUACAGAGAAUGACUUUGAGAAGCUGAACCAGAUGACAAUACCCGAGAUACAGAGGUGUAAUCUGUCCAGUGUGAUGCUUCAGCUCCUGGCCCUGAGAAUUCCCAGCGUACUCACCUUUGACUUCAUGUCCAAACCAUCUCCUGAGGCUAUUCAAGCAGCGAUUGAGCAGCUGGUCCUGAUGGGAGCUGUGGAACAAAAGGACAAUCAGCUUGUCCUGACCCCCCUGGGAAGGAAGAUGGCAGCUUUUCCACUGGAACCAAAGUUCUCUAAGACCAUCCUCCUGUCCCCCAAGUUCCACUGUACAGAGGAGAUCCUGACCAUCGUGUCACUGUUAUCCGUGGACAGUGUCCUCUACAAUCCCCCUGCCCGGCGGGAUGAAGUGCAAUCCGUCAGGAGGAAAUUCAUCUCCAGUGAGGGGGAUCAUCUUACCCUGCUCAGCAUUUAUAGGGCCUUCAGGAAUGUCAAUGGCAACAAGGGAUGGUGCAGAGAGAACUUCAUCAACAGCAGGAACAUGAUGCUUGUGUCAGACGUCAGAGCUCAGCUCAGAGACAUCUGUGUGAAGGGUCUGUGUAGACACUUGUGUGUCUGUCUCUGCUGCACAGCUCUCAAUGCCCAUCGAGUCCUCCCACUUGGACACUGGGAACAUCCGCCGCUGCCUGGCCCACAGCCUCUUCAUGAAUGCGGCGGAGCUGCAGCCGGAUGGCUCCUACCGCACCGUGGAUUCCCACCAGGCAGUGGCCAUCCACCCUUCCUCUGUGCUCUUCCACUGCAAGCCAGCCUGCGUGGUGUACAACGGGCUGGUCCACACCAACAAGUGCUACAUGCGGGACCUGUGCGUGGUGGACGCGGACUGGCUCUAUGAUGCAGCGCCUGACUACUUCCGCCGGAAGCUCCAAGUGGCCAAGAACUGAGCUGUGGGUCUGGCACCAGCAGGUCUGGGCAUUGCAGGACUGGGUUUUGGUUUGUAAUGAACGGAUGGGAAUGGUGGAGCUUUGCCUACAUCAAAACCUUAGAGGAAAAGUGCUUUGUAAGGGACAGACCUCACCAGUGUCUGUGGCUUAGAGCAAUCAUCCUUUUAACAGGUGAGCUCUAAAAGGGGAGCGUGCUCUGUGUAGAGGGUGUGGGAUAAAUCUAUCCCAGGAGGGGAGAGAGGAGCUGGUAUCAGAUUGCAGUUUUUAACAGGCUUGUGGAUAAAGAAAUAAAACCCUAAGAGUACUCUUGGUAUAUUUUAUGAUUGUGUUUGUAUCCUCAGCAGCUUUUCCUGCAGUAAAUAAAUGAAGCAAGUUGUAAA